AUGAGGUUCCUGAGUGUGACUCUCUUGCUGCUCCUGUCCCUGUACACUGUACUCGGUGUGAUGGAGGUGCGUUGGUGUACCAUCUCAGACCCGGAGCAGCAGAAAUGCGAAGACAUGAGCAAGGCCUUCCAGGAGGCUGGCAUCCAGCCCUCCCUCCUCUGCAUCCAGGGCACCUCUUCUGACCACUGUGUCCAGCUCAUCAAGGACCAAGAAGCUGAUGCCAUCACCUUGGAUGGAGGAGCCAUUUAUGAGGCUGGGAAGGAGCACGGCCUGAAGCCAGUGGUGGGUGAAGUGUAUGACCAAGAUGCUGGGACCUCCUAUUACGCCGUGGCCGUGGUCAGGAGGAAUUCCAACGUGACCAUCAACACCCUGAAGGGCAUCAAGUCCUGCCACACAGGCAUCAACCGGACUGUGGGCUGGAACGUGCCUGUUGGCUACCUAGUGGAGAGCGGCCACCUCUCAGUGAUGGGCUGUGAUGUGCUCAAAGCCGUUGGCGACUAUUUCGGGGGCAGCUGCGUCCCUGGAGCAGGAGAAACCAGCUACUCUGAGUCCCUCUGUCGUCUGUGCCGUGGCGACCCCUCUGGGCACAACGUGUGUGACAAGAGCCCCCUGGAGAGAUACUAUGACUACAGCGGGGCUUUCCGGUGCCUGGCAGAAGGAGCAGGGGAUGUGGCCUUUGUGAAGCAUAGCACGGUGCUGGAGAACACGGACGGGAAAACCCUGCCGUCCUGGGGCAGGGCGCUGAUGUCCCAGGACUUCCAGCUACUCUGCAGGGAUGGCAGCCGGGCCGAUGUCACUGAGUGGAGACGGUGCCACCUGGCCCGCGUGCCUGCGCAUGCCGUGGUGGUCAGGAAUGACAUGCAUGGGGGCCUCAUAUUCCAGCUGCUCAAUGAAGGCCAGAUUCUGUUCAACCACGAGUCCAGCAGCUUCCAGAUGUUCAGCUCCGAGGCCUAUGGCCAGAAGAACUUGCUGUUCAAAGAUUCCACUUUGGAGCUUGUGCCCAUCGCCACCCAGAACUAUGAGGCCUGGCUGGGCCAGGAAUACCUGCAAGCCAUGAAGGGCCUGCUCUGCGACCCCAACCGGCUGCCCCACUACCUGCGCUGGUGUGUGCUGUCCACACCCGAGAUCCAGAAGUGCGGAGACAUGGCUGUGGCCUUCAGCCGGCAGAGACUCAAGCCAGAGAUCCAGUGUGUGUCGGCCGAGUCCCCGGAGCACUGCAUGGAACAUAUCCAGGCUGGCCAUAUUGACGCUGUGACCCUGGAAGGUGAGGAUAUCUACACGGCAGGCAAGGUGUAUGGCCUGGUCCCGGCAGCUGGAGAACAGUAUGCUGAGGAGGACAGGAGCAAUUCCUACUUUGUGGUGGCCGUGGUGAGGCGGGACAGCUCCUACUCUUUCACCUUGGACGAGCUUCGCGGCAAACGUUCCUGCCACCCAGGCUUGGGCAGCCCUGCUGGCUGGGAUGUACCCAUAGGCUCCCUCAUCCAGCGGGGCUUCAUCCGGCCCAAGGACUGUGAUGUCCUUACAGCGGUGAGCCAGUUCUUCAAUGGCAGCUGUGUACCUGUGAACAACCCCAGGAACUACCCUUCCUCUCUGUGUGCACUCUGUGUGGGAGAUGAGAAGGGCCGUAACAAGUGUGUGGGUAGCAGCCAGGAGAGAUACUACGGCUACAGUGGAGCCUUCAGGUGCCUUGCAGAGCAUGCAGGGGAUGUGGCCUUCGUCAAGCACACAACGGUCUUUGAGAAUACAAAUGGCCACAAUCCUGAACCCUGGGCUGCUCACCUCAGGUCGCAAGACUAUGAGCUGCUGUGCCCCAAUGGGGCACGGGCUGAAGUAAGCCAGUUCCAAGCCUGCAACCUGGCACAGAUGCCAUCCCAGGCUGUCAUGGUGCAUCCAGACACCAACAUCUUCACUGUGUAUGGACUUCUGGACAAGGCCCAGGACCUGUUUGGAGAUGACCGCAAUCAGAAUGGGUUCCAAAUGUUUGACUCCUCCAAAUACCACAGCCAAGACCUGCUUUUCAAAGACGCCACAGUGAGAGCAAUACCUGUUGGGAAGAAAACCACGUACCUGGAAUGGCUGGGUCCUGACUACGUGGUGGCUCUGGAAGGGAUGCUGUCUCAACAGUGCUCGGGCGCAGUGGCCACAGUGCACCGAGUACCCCUGCUGUCCCCGCUCCUGCUGGGCCUGGCUGCAGGCCUCCUCCCGCGUGUUCUCUGA